ACGCAAAGGGAGGGGCGUGGCAGAGAGUGACUUCAUUCAGCCCCCUUCCCAGCCGUGGCCAUCCAAAGAACCCGCUCCGGGAAUUCUCGCUCCCCCGCCUGAGAUCCCCCUUCAGUGGCCCCUCCCUUUUGCCUGGAGGACCGCUGGGCAAGGAAAGAGAGGCGGGCUUCCUAGAGAGCCCGGUGAGACGGAAGGCUGGCCCUGCAAGCAGGCACUUCCCGUCCCUCUGGCUUUUCUUGCAAGCGGCACCAGCAACUUAUAGUGAGAAGAAUCCGGGAGAAGCUGGAGUUUGAAGGUGAAUUAUAUGAUUGUCUGGGAACUACAAUAACUUUCAGUAAUGCCAGCAAACUUGCCUUGGCCUUGUGUGACUAAGAGGUGGAUUCAUCCCAUUCUUCUUGGCCUGGGCAACAAAGUAGCAUUAGAGGAAGAAGAGCUUUUGGAUGUGUUAGGAGCUUAAACUGAGUUUAGAGAGACCAUGGUUGUGCCAAGCCCAGCAAACAGAGGAUCAGGGAAGGGAACAGAAAAAGGCUCUCUAACCAUCCAGUCUAGCAAUGAUAAGAGAUUCUGGGAAAGAACUGUGCAGAAGAUCCUGGGAGGAGACACCACCAGCUCAGAUGUCCAGGUCAGGAGAUUCAGACGGUUCGUCUACCAGGAGUUUGAAGGGCCCCGAGAGAACUUCAGCCGACUCCACCACCUUUGCCAGCAGUGGCUGGAGCCAGAGAGACACACGAAAGCUCAGAUGAUGGACCUGGUGAUCCUGGAGCAGUUCCUGACCAUCCUGCCCGUGAAGAUGGAGAGCUGGGUGAGAGAAUGCGGAGCGGAGACCAGUUCGCAGGCGGUGGCCCUGGCAGAAGGUUUCCUCCUGAGCCAGGCAGAGGAGAAGAAGCAGGAAGAGCAGCAGACAGAUGGGAUGUUAGCCCAAGCAGCCCCUGAGCUCCAAGAUUGCAAGAGGGCUCCGUUGGUGACCCGGCAGAAGCUGCUGUUCAGAGGGAUCGUGCAGGAGAGUGACGGAGGCCCCAUUGCGCUGGGUAAGGAUAAAGGCAGUGAAAUGACGCUGGCGACUCCUCCUGGACCUUCUCCUCUUGGUGGUGGAGUGGAAACUGUUGCUGUGCACUCACCGGAUCACGAGUCUGUGAGCUUGGAGGAGGUGGCUGUGUGUUUCUCCGAGGAGGAGGCGGCUCUGCUGGAUCCAGGCCAAAGGGCUCUGCACAGGGAAGUCCUGGAGGAGAUUUCUGGGCAUCUGGCCUUUGUGGGUGAUUGGAGGGAGGGAGAGAAACCGGCCGACGGAGCGAGAAGGAGAACCGAAGGAAGCCCGACGUGGAGGCAGACUAGUCCUUCUGAAGGGCCAGACAUGAAUUCCAUCCCAGUCCAAGGAGAAUGCCACAAGGAAAGCAGGAGGAAUAAGAUCCCUCAGGAUGUAGAAACCUUGACUAGUCAGCCACAUCUGAGCAGACGUCCCAGAAUCCACACCGGAGAGAAACUGUAUACCUGCUCAGAGUGUGGAAAGAGCUUUACUCGCUAUACUGGUCUUAUUUCCCAUCAAAGAGUUCACACAGGAGAGAAACCCUAUACCUGCUUAGAGUGUGGAAAGAGCUUCAGCCAUAAGGUAACGCUUACUUCCCAUCAGCGAGUCCACACAGGAGAGAAACCCUAUACCUGCUCAGAGUGUGGAAAGAGCUUCAUUCAGAAGGGAAAACUUACCUCUCAUCGAAGAGUCCACACAGGAGAGAAACCAUAUUCCUGCUCAGAGUGUGGAAGGAGCUUCAGUCAUAAGGUAACACUUACUCACCACCAGAGAGUCCACACAGGAGACAAGCCAUAUAUGUGCUCAGAGUGUGGAAAGAGCUUUACGCGCUCUACUGGUCUUAUUUCCCAUCAAAGAGUCCACACAGGAGACAAGCCAUAUACCUGCUCAGAGUGUGGAAAGAGCUUCAGUUGGAAGGCAUCGCUUACUUCUCAUCAAAGAGUCCACACAGGAGAGAAACCAUAUAAAUGCUCCGAAUGUGGAAAGAGCUUCAGUUGGCACGCAAUGCUUACUUUCCAUCAAAGAGUCCACACAGGAAAGAAACCAUAUAAAUGCUCCGAGUGUGGAAAGAGCUUCAGUUGGAACGCAAUGCUCACUUAUCACCAGAGAGUCCACACAGGAAAGAAACCAUGCUCAGAGUGUGGAAAGCACUUCAGUCAUAAGGUAUCACUUACUUAUCACCAGAGAUUCCACACAGGAGAGGAACUCUAUACCUGCUCAGAGUGUGGAAAGAGCUUCAGUCAGAAGUCAACGCUUACUUACCAUCAAAGAGUCCACACAGGAGAGAAAACACAUACCUGCUCAGAGUGUGGAAAAAGGUUCAGUCAGAAGGGAAUGCUUAUUUCCCAUCAAAGAGUCCACACAGGAGAGAAAACACAUACCUGCUCAGAGUGUGGAAAAAGGUUCAGUCAGAAGGGAAUGCUUAUUUCCCAUCAAAGAGUCCACACAGGAGAGAAAACACAUACCUGCUCAGAGUGUGGAAAAAGGUUCAGUCAGAAGGGAAUGCUUAUUUCCCAUCAAAGAGUUCACACAGGGGAGAAACCACAUACCUGUUCAGAAUGUGGAAAGAGGUUCAGUCAGAAGGGAAUGCUUAUUUCCCAUCAAAGAGUCCACACGGGAGAGAAACCAUAUACCUGCUUGAAGUGUGGAAAGAGCUAUAGUCAGAAGGAAGGACUUACUUCCCAUCAAAGAGUCCACAUAGAAGAGAAACCCUAUACUUGCUCAGAGUGUGGAAAGAGCUUCAAUAAGAAUUCACGACUUAAUGUCCAUCAGCGAAUCCACACAGGUGAGAAACCAUAUAUCUGCUCAGAGUGUGGAAAGAGCUUCAGUCAGAAGUCAACACUUACUUACCAUCAAAGAAUCCACACAGGGGAGAAACCACAUACCUGCUCAGAAUGUGGAAAGAGCUUCAGCUGGAAGGCAACGCUUACUUCCCAUCAAAGAGUUCACACAGGAGAGAAACCACAUACCUGUUCAGAGUGUGGAAAAAGGUUCAGUCAGAAGGGAAUGCUUACUUCCCAUCAAAGAGUACACACAGGGGAGAAACCACAUACCUGCUCAGAGUGUGGAAAGAGGUUCAGUCGAAAGUCACAUCUUACUAACCAUCAAAGAGUCCACACGGGAGAGAAACCAUAUACCUGCUCAGAAUGUGGAAAGAGCUUCAAUGACAAGUCAGGACUUACUGUCCACCAAAGAGUCCACUCAGGAGAGAAGCCGUUUAAAUGCUUGGAAUGUGGAAAGAGCUUCAGUCAGAAGGGAACGCUUAUUUCCCAUCAAAGAGUCCACACAAGAGAGAAAUCAUAUAUCUGCUCAGAGUGUGGAAAGAGCUUCAGCCAUAAGGCAAUGCUUAGUUCUCAUAAGCAGGAACACACAGGAGAUAAACCAUAUACCUGCACAUAGGGUGGAAAGAACUUCACUCAUGGUGACCAGCUUACUGUCCAUCAAAGAGUCCACACAGGAGAGAAACCAUAUACCUGCUCAGAUUGUGGAAAGAGUUAUAGGCAAUACCGAAACUUUAUAUUGCAUCAAAGAAUCCACACAUUUUAAAGGCCUUUUAGAUGCCCAAAAUUUGGGAAAUGUUUUACGUGGAUUGUCAGGCUUACUGUCCAUCACAGAAUCUUAACAGGUGAGAAACCAUAUACCUGGUUAUGAGUGUUGAAAGAGCUUACGUUGGAACAUAGGAAGCUGCCAUAUGCUGAGUCAGACCAUUGGUCCAUCUAGCUCAGUAUUUUCUUCAUAGACUGGGAGCGGCUUCUCCAAGGUUGCAGGCAGGAAUCUCUCUCAGCCCUAUCUUGAAGAAGCCAAGGAGGGAACUUGAAACCUUCUGCUCUUCCCAGAGCGGCUUCAUCCCCUGAGGGGAAGAUCUUCCAGUGCUCACACUUCUAGUCUCCCAUUGGAGCAAAAAUCUCAAAUUGCCUCAAUGAUUCCACAUAGGUAAAAGCUGGACCUGCUGUCGGACUGGUUCCCAGAUACUCAAAGUUUACUUAGAAUGUGGUGACCAAUACUGAAGUCCCAUUUUCAACAAAGGAAUGUUAUUGCCCUUUUGGACAUACUGAGAUGGGGGGGGGGGUGAGUUAGAAAGGUUUCUCUGGACAAAUUUAUGUGAUAAAAGCCAGAGUCAUGAGAUGUUCCAUGCCUUCUACCUUCGGUGUGUAAGUUUUGAUUGGGCUAAUUAGGCUGUGCUUGCUAGCUUGGAAACCAAUUAGAGGGGGGAUUCCCCCCACCCCUUGAAUUGGGCUUGUACACCUAGGCAAAUACAGGCACUGUGUUAAUUUUCACUCCAUUAAACAGUCCCACCUUUUGUGGGCUUUUAAUGCUUUGAUUUUGAACCUUUAACAAGUAUUAUUCUAUUGCUUUGCAUAAGCUUUGUUGUAUGUAAUAAAGACUUUGUUAUAAGCCCAAUGGUAAGGAACCUAUGAGCUUAUAUUUGUAUAAACAAUACUCCUGUAUUAACGGUGGGUGUUUGUUUCAUGCUUGAAGAGAUGUUGACCAGGAUAACUCAAAUGUUCCUGGCAGUUGUACAAGAGUCUCAUCUUGACUCAGUCUAAAUUUCUACAGAUGACUGACCUUACAAGAGUGGGCCAUAUGCUAGUAACCUCCAGGCUUGAUUACUAUAAUGCACUCUACGUGGGGCUACCUUCGUACAUAGUCUGGAAACUCUAAUUGGUAUAGAAUGUGGCAGCCAGAUUGGUCUCUGGGACAACACAAAGGGACCACACCACACUGGUUUUAAAAGAAGUGCACUGGCUGCCAAUAUGUUUCCAGUUGAAAUACAAAGUGCUGGCUCUUACCUAGAAAGCCCUUAAUGGCUUGGGUCCAGGCUAUUUAAUAGCGCGCCUCCAUUGUCAUGAACCCUGCUGCCUGUUACGAUCUUCUGAAGAGGUCUGGUUAUUGGUUGCCACCAGCUGGUUUGGUGGCGACCUAGGACUGGGCUUUGGAAUAUGCUCCCUGCUGAAAUAAGAGGAACUCCUUCUCUGUUUGUUUUCAGGAAGAACCUCAAGACUCCUGUUUUCUCAGGCUGUUUAUUACAAUUAAUUUUAAUCAUUUAAAAAACUUUUUAAAAUCACAAUUUUGUUCUCUUGUUUUUAUUUUAUUAUGCAUUUUAAUCUGUGACUUUUAAAUAUUUUAAAUUUUGUAAACCGCCAGAGAUGUACAUAUCAGGCAGUAUAAAAAUAUGAUGAAACAAAUAAAUCAAUAAAGCCAGUGAGUAUGGAUUCUGUAA